UUUACCUUCCAUUAGGUUUCUGUGUAAUGGCUUUUUUUUAAAUUUCAACUAUGUACUGUAGAUUUACAUCCGACAAACAAUGCCAAGGAUCUCCACACAAGAAACCAGUGUCCGCAAAAUGAAGAGAAUGAGCUGAGUGUUGUGGCAUCGCCCGAAGUCUACAAUCACUUAAACCUUCGAGUAAAUUAUCAUAACAUAUCUCACUACUACAUGGAUAGCAUGGCCACGGGUGAAGACCCACCUGCCUGUCACGGGUUGUCCUCUACUGACCACUCACAACCGAAGGAAAUACGUAUCAACUGGAAUCUACUGCGUAACGACGAUACUAGAAACCCUGAUAUGCUUGAUAAAUGUUCAAAAAAGAAAGGUUUCGGGGAUAUAGUUCAUGAUCAAACAAAAAAUAAACAAUUAGAUAUAUAUUCAACUCCAAACAAAGGUGUAAAAAUGAAGCAACCAAAUGCCUUUUUGAAGCAAAGACAACAGAAAAACUGCUGCAAAACUGUGAAAUUCAAAACUACAGACACUUGUCAAGCUGCAGCCGUUCGUAAGACCGAUUCACAACCAAACCAAACUGAAGAAUCUUCAAUAUCGACACAUGAUGAAGAUCUGUAUGCGAACAAUGAUAGCCUAGCAUAUGAUAACAACUGUUUUAGAACAGACAGCCCAAUGGACCAAGAGGAUUCUGAUGAUUACUUUGACGUCAGUUACGACGGAUAUUUGGCAAUGUCUUCAAGCAAAAAUAACACUCCUGAUCAUACAAAGUCAGCUUCUUCUGAAACUGCUCCUGAUUUGUCGGAUUAUGUAAACGCUGAUGGUUUAGACUCGUAUCGCUGAUGUAUUAUAACGCAUAGCAAAGACUAAAUCGAACUAAUCAACCCCACAUAGAACCCUGUCUUUAAAAAUGUUAACUUUCUUCUUUUGAGCUCAAAUACUAUUUUGGACAGGAAACAGAAAAUCUGAAAAAGAACCCAAAAUAUCUUACAGGAAAUGUGAUUCCUCUUUUUUUUUAAUGAAACAAAUUACCCCGACAGUUAACAAGAACAUUCAAAAUAUGUCAUAAUCUUUGUAAUGUGUCCUCUUCUGUAUAGUUUUGUAAAUAAAACCUUAAUUGUGUUCAAAGAAUGACCUGUUAUUUCUGUAUCUAAAUCUUGACGUAAAGUAUAUCUCUGAAAAGAAUUGUUGCACAAAAUGAAAGCUAUAUCACUAAUUUUAUGCAAGAUAUGUCAUGUUAAUUAAAUACUGCUUUUGUUCAAUGUCAAUACAGUAUAUCAUGUAAUGCAUUUGAUUAACGAUUCCAUUCAUGAGAAACAAAUUAUAUCAAUCAAAAUUAAAAUCUUUAAACUGUAAAGAGGUUCAUUCAGGCUGCAAUGUUUGUUUUAAUGAAUUCGACAAAUAAUACAAAAUCUGGUGCAAGGGUGAAGUAACAUAAAUAUUUGUAACUUUAAUCUUGAACGUAGUAAUACUUA